AUGAGAAUGUUGGCAAAUCGUCGUCUCUUUUCCAUAAUAAUAAAUCGUCCAUCCAUCAUUCAUUCUUCAAUUAAUUUCAACAAAUGGAACAAUUCAAACAAUUCAUUUAAUUUUUCUACUACUGCUAGUAUUCAAUCUUCUAAUACAUCAUUAAAUGUUUCCCCAGCUCCUUCAGGAAUUCUUCAUUAUUUAACACAUGCAGAUUUAUCUAAACAACAAAUUUACAAUUUAAUUACAUUGGCUGUUCAACAUAAGUACAAUGUAAAAUACUUGAAUACUAAAUCUGGACAACCUUUGUUGGGAAAAACAUUGGCCAUAAUGUUUUCUAAAAGAUCCACAAGGACCAGAGUUGCAACUGAAACGGCUGUUACGUAUCUUGGUGGGCAACCGAUGUUUUUGGGAUCUCAAGAUAUUCAAUUAGGCGUUAAUGAAUCAUUAUUAGAUACUAGUAAAGUUGUUUCUAGUAUGGUGGAUGGUAUGAUGGCACGCGUUGGUUCACAUUCUGAAAUUGAGACAUUAGCGAAAUAUUCCACUGUUCCCGUGAUCAAUGCUCUUUCGGAUAAAUAUCAUCCAACACAAAUUCUUGCUGAUUUGAUGACAAUGCACGAAAUAUUUGGUCCUCAACCUAAAAAUGAUUCAUCAUAUGUUGCACAUUUAACGCAUCCUCAGGAAACACUUCCAGGAUUAAAGGUUGCAUGGGUUGGGGAUGGUAAUAAUAUUUUACACAGUAUGUUGGUAACUUUUCCAAAAAUAGGUGUUCAUCUAUCAGUGGCCACUCCUAAAGGAUAUAGUCCAGCAGAAGAUGUGGUGAAAAUUGCGAAACAUGAAGCAGCGAAGACUAAUACUGAAAUUAGUUUUACUCAUGAUCCUAAAGUGGCAGUCAAUAAUGCUGAUGUUAUCGUCACAGAUACCUGGGUUAGUAUGGGACAAGAAUCCGAAAAAGUAAAACGUUUGAAAGAUUUUGAAGGUUAUCAAGUAACUUUAUCAUUAGCAAAAGAAGGUGGAGCCAAACAAAAUUGGAAAUUCUUACACUGCCUUCCUAGAAAACAAGAAGAAGUAUCCGAUGAGGUAUUUUACUCACCUAUAUCUCACGUAUUCCAAGAAGCUGAAAAUCGUAAAUGGACAAUUCUCGCUGUAUUAGAUGCAUUACUUGUUAGAAAGAGUUUUGAUUGA